AUGGAGCAAAUGUUGUCUGCACCUUCGAGCCCAGUCAGACCGGAUCCGAUCGAGGCAGAGGAUGUGCUCGGUCCCGCGGUGCCGGAACAUCCUGAGCGCACUGGCUUGAAAGGCGACCGGGUGCAGGGUGCUUUUCAUGCUCUGUCGCAAAUGGUCAACCAACUGAACCAGAGGCUCCACUUCGCCGAGCAGGAACUGAAGGAUGAGAUGCAUAGCAGCAUGUCCCCCUCCGUGGAGCCUGAGUUGGAGCAGUGCAUGGCGGCUGAGGUUCUGCAGGAGCUCCAGGCAGAGCGUGCCGAGCGCAGCGCUAUGGCAGAGGAGGCCGCGGAGCGACUCUCCGUGCUCUUGGAGUCGGAGGUCACAGUCGAAGAGCUUCAGCAUGAGCUGACGCAGAAGGAUCAAGAGGCGAGUGAGGUUAUCGAGAUCGGAUGCACCUUGGCCCAAGAACUGGAGGAGCUCCAGGCAGAGCGUGCAGAGCGCAGGGCGACCGCAGAGCAAACCGAGGA